AUGCACGUGGAGAAUGCUGGUGUUCUCCUGAUCUUGGCACUGACAGAAGAGCUGGUGUUUGCUGUCCAGGUCCUGUCUCCCACCGCCUCCUCCUCUCAGGGCAUCCUGAUGGACACCACCGCCACCACAGCCAUGGGAACCACGCCUCAUCAUACGGACCACCCCGCAGCAGAGCCCCAUCCCACGUCCCCUCGUGCCAUCCCCCAUCCCUUCAGCCCAGCGGGGAAAGCCCCUUCCACCAGGAAAAACCCAGCUGGCGACAAGGAAACGCAUCGUUUGUACAACCAGAGCGCUUUGUACUCGGGACAGACUCACCCCAAGGGGAAAACAUUCCAGGUUUCCAAAGGCAACUUCACAGCGUCCUUGGAGCCUUCCCUACAGACCACCCUGCACACCCCCUUCCCUGCCUCGCGGAGCCCCUUCACAGACCCCCCGUUCCCAUCCCAGCCCUCAGUGCCCAGUGAUCCCAAUGUCACAAGGCCGGCGAGAACUGCACCCCCAGCCCCUUCUCCCCCCCGCAGCGCCUCGGGACGCCUGAGGGGAGCAGAGCGAGGGGACGGGGCCGAGUCGGCGGGACAGGAGGCAGGUUUUGCCACCGCAACGGCUGGACCAUCACCGCACCCCGAAGCAGCAUCGGUGCCUUUCAAACCCACCCACUAUGGCGUGUGGGAGAUGCUGAGCAAAAACAGCUCGUGGGUGACCUUGAACCUCAGUACCAACGUCCCGCUGUUUGCUGGCCCUGGGUCUGCAACGGCAGCGGCGGGGGACUCGGGUCAGACCAGCUUUGGCGUCAGCAUCUCCUCCCCGGCUGCAGGAGAGCCCGAGGGACCCACUCCCACGCGGCACGGCAGCGCAGUGACCAACGCCACCUCACUGGGCAGCGCGCUCUCCGCGGCGCCUGCCACCAGGUUGUCCGGCUCCGCUUCCACGGCUGGCUCCACUGCCACCGGGAAUUUCCUCAAUAGACUGGUUCCUGCCGGGACCUGGAAACCCGGGGUCCAAGGAAACAUCUCCCACGUCACCGAGGGGGACAAGCCCCAGCACAGAGCAACCAUCUGCCUCAGCAAGAUGGACAUUGCCUGGAUCAUUCUGGCCAUCAGCGUACCCAUCUCCUCGUGUUCAGUUCUGCUGACAGUCUGCUGCAUGCGGAGGAAGAAGAAGACGUCGAACCCAGAGAACAAUCUGAGCUACUGGAAUAACGCCAUUACCAUGGACUACUUCAACAGGCACGCCGUGGAGUUACCGAGAGAGAUCCAGUCCCUGGAGACCUCAGAGGAUCCCCUCUCUGAGCCGCGCUCCCCUGCCAAU